CAUACAUACGCGCUGGCGGUAUAAAGGGCGCUACGGCACGCUCGGAAAGCGGCUUCGAGAAACGCAGUUUUUUGGAAGGCGGCGGUAAGACGCGGCUCCUGCUUACGAUUAAAGGAGGUGGCUUUGGAGAGUAAAACAUUACCUCUGAAUUUGUAAGGUGUACAGGUGUCACAAUGGGCUGCCCUUCCCUGCUCUGUUUGAGUGUGGUGCUGGCCCUGUUCCUGCGGGGGGCGCUGUCCCUGGCUCCGACCUACGGGGAGCGGGGCUCGGACCUGGGCAUGCAGGUGUUUGGGGAGGUGGCGCGGGUGCGGCCGCAGGAGAACGUGGUGCUCUCUCCCCAUGGCGUGGCCAGCAUCCUCGGCAUGCUGCUCCCCGGGGCCGAUGGAGACACGCGGCAGCAGAUCCUCACCGCGCUCCGCUACAAGAAGAACGGUCCUUAUAAAAUGCUGAAGAGACUGCAUAAGACCCUCACCACCAAGUCCAACCAGGACAUGCUGACCAUCGCCAACGGCCUGUUCACCCAGCAGAGGGCGCCACUGGAGGAGGCCUUCCUGUCCUCUAAUAGAGCCAACUUCCAGUGUGACAGCAGGGAGCUGGACUUCUCCCACACAGCCGCAGCUGCAGCCGCCAUUAACGACUGGGUCAAGAACCGGACCAACGGGAUGAUCCCCAGUGUGGUUCAGCCGGACAUGCUGGACCCAGUCUUCACCCGAUUGGUCGCCGUCAACACCAUCUUCUUCAAGGGCCAGUGGCAGUCCCGCUUCCUGCCCGAAAAUACCAAGAUGAGGAACUUCAACGCAGCCGAUGGAGUCGUUUACAAGGUCCCUAUGAUGUCACAACUGUCUGUCUUCAACAUCGGCCACGCCAGCACCCCGCAGGGGCUGAAGUACAAGGUCAUUGAGCUGCCGUAUCAUGGCAACAGCAUCAGCAUGCUGAUCGCCCUGCCGUCUGAGGACAACACUGCCGUGUCCUCCCUCCUCCCCCACAUCAACACUUCCACUGUGCAGAGCUGGACCAAACUGCUGACCCAGAGGAAAGUGCGCCUGCUCAUGCCCAAGUUCUCUGCCGAGGCGGAGGUGGAUCUGCAGACCCCCCUGACCGCGCUGGGAGUUACCGACAUGUUCAGCCAGAGCAAAGCCAACUUCAGAUACCUCAGUUCAGAGCCGCUGUACGUGUCCAAAGCGCUGCAGAAAGCAAAAAUCCAGGUGAAUGAAGACGGAACAAAAGCCUCGGCCGCAACAACUGCAAUUCUGCUGGCGAGGUCAUCCCCUCCCUGGGUCAUCGUAGACCGGCCCUUCAUCUUUCUCAUCAGACACAACCUCACAGGUACCGUCCUCUUCAUGGGUCAAAUCAACAAGCCCUGAGCCUCAGAUCACAAGCAGGAAGCAGGACUGUGCAUUUCUCUCCGUAUCGAGGGACAUGGACUUCGUGUGAUGCUCUGAUUUUUAAAAUGCACGUGAUGCUCUGAUUUUAACACGUACAUUUUCUUUCAAUUUUUCUAAUGCUGAAUUGUUUUAAGGCGGAAAUUAUGUUUUCUGUUGGUCGAGGUAGCCUUUGCGUUAUUGUGAAAUGUCUUGAGAUAUUUUAAACAUUUGUGUAGAAUGUUUGUCCAAGGCAUUAAAAGUUUUUAAGUUCUUAAA